UGUGCAGGGAGACAGAGGCGGGCAGCGCCCCGCGUCUCCCCCACGUUAGGCACUCAGCCAGGGCUGGCUCGCCACAGGACGUCAGCAGUGGGCUCCCCUGGAUCCAGGCCACCUGGGAUGGGCUGCGUGUUCUGCAAGAAGUUGAAGCCAGCACCCAAGGAGCAUGUGGGCCUGGGAGGGAGCUACAGAGCUGAGGAGCACUACCACCCUGACCCCACUCGGACCUGCUCUGCCUCCUUCCAGCAACCCCCCAGCCCUGCCUUCCUUGACAGUGGCGCCAUCAAGGGAGUCUCAGGGCCUGGGGUAACCCUGUUCGUCGCCUUGUAUGACUAUGAGGCUCGGACUCAGGAUGACCUGACCUUCACCAAGGGCGAGAAAUUCCACAUCCUCAACAAUACUGAAGUUGACUGGUGGGAAGCUCGGUCCCUCACCUCUGGACACACUGGCUACGUUCCCAGCAACUACGUGGCCCCGGUGAACUCCAUCCAGGCUGAAGAGUGGUACUUUGGAAAGAUCGGGAGGAAGGAUGCAGAGAGACAGCUGCUGGCACCAAGCAAUCCCCAGGGAGCCUUUCUCAUUCGGGAAAGCGAGACUACCAAAGGUGCCUACUCCUUGUCCAUCCGCGACUGGGACCCAAGCCGAGGUGAUCACAUAAAGCAUUACAAGAUCCGCAAGCUGGACACAGGCGGCUACUACAUCACCACGCGGGCCCAGUUUGAGUCGGUGCAGGACCUGGUGCGGCACUACAUGGAAGUGAAUGAUGGGCUGUGCUACCUUCUCACGGCCCCCUGCACCACCAUGAAGCCGCAGACCCUGGGCCUGGCCAAGGACGCAUGGGAAAUCAACCGCAGCUCCAUCACGCUCGAGCGCCGCCUGGGCACCGGCUACUUUGGGGAAGUGUGGCUGGGCACGUGGAACUGCAGCACCAAGGUGGCGGUGAAGACGCUCAAGCCGGGCACCAUGUCCCCCACGUCCUUCCUGGAGGAGGCGCAGAUCAUGAAGCUGCUGCGGCACGACAAGCUGGUGCAGCUGUACGCGGUGGUGUCGGAGGAGCCCAUCUAUAUCGUGACGGAGUACAUGUGCCACGGUAGCUUGCUAGACUUCCUCAGACAGCAGGAGGCCCAGAACUUGACACUACCCCAUCUGGUGGAUAUGGCCGCGCAGAUCGCGAAGGGCAUGGCCUACAUGGAGUACAUGAACUACAUCCACCGGGACCUGAGGGCAGCCAACAUCCUGGUUGGGGAGAGGCUCGUGUGCAAGAUUGCUGACUUCGGGCUGGCCCGCCUCAUCCAGGAUGAUGAGUACAACCCCCAACAAGGGACCAAGUUCCCUGUCAAGUGGACAGCUCCAGAGGCUGCCCUCUAUUGCAGAUUCACCAUCAAGUCAGACGUGUGGUCCUUUGGAAUCCUGCUUACUGAACUCAUCACCAAAGGCCGAGUCCCCUACCCAGGCAUGAACGGCCGGGAAGUGUUGGAACAGGUGCAGCAUGGCUACCACAUGCCGUGCCCAGCAGGAUGCCCAGUGUCCCUGUACAAGGUCAUGGAACAGACCUGGCGCCUGGACCCAGAGGAGAGACCCACCUUCGAAUAUCUGCAGUCUUUCCUGGAAGACUUCUUCACCUCCACUGAACCACAGUACCAGCCUGGGGAUCAGACAUAGCCUGGUUGGGCAUCAUCCACCCUUCUGAGGAUGCCAACUGGCCCUUGUAGAUCCCCCAAGGCUCUGGUCCUAAGGCUCCCAGGCUUAAAUUCCUGUAGAGUCCUGGCAUGUCAGAGUGGGCCAGCAUCUCAAAAGCCACUUUACAGAUGGUGUGAAUGGAGGCUAGGAGCUCCUCUUCCCCGACUCUGACCUCAAGCACAAUUUCUUCUCUUUCUACUCCACGCCUCUAGCUUCUCUUCCCUGCAUCCUAAAGAUGCUCACAUCUUGUGUAGUUAUUUAUAAAAUUGUAUUGCCCUUCCCUCACUUAUCUCCUAUCCAUGCUUUCCUACCUUCAUAUUGUCUAACUCUGGUCCAAAUACCAAAGGAUUAUGUGUUGUAAGUUACAAAGGCGAGAAAAGUCUGCUGGACUCUCCCGCUGGCUGGAUGUCCUGGUCUAAAACUGAGCUCCAGACCCAGGCCUGAAGGAGAGACUUUCUGA